AUGGAAACGGAAAUGCAGUCGUCGCCGAGCUCGCCAAGUGAACCACCAUCUUUCGCAAGAACAUCGGCUCCCUCAGCGUCUCCAUCUGUUCACAAGCUCGAAUCGAGCUCCUUCUCCGGCCUCGGAACCGAAGCCGUGAAGAUAGCAGAGACAGGACUGUCGGCGACCGAGAGGGGAAGACAUGUGAUAUCGAAGACCGAAGUCCUGUCUGGAGAGGCCUUUGUUCUUCUAUCCCUCAUCGCCGCAUUGGAGCUUCCCACCCAUCCCGUCUCGAAGCUCUCUUGUCAUACAGCAACAUUCAUCAUGCCUUCUUCCGCUCCCACGAUCAAAGACAUCAUCGUCACUCCCGUCGCUUUCCAUGAUCCGCCGCUGCUCAAUGCAGUGGGCGUGCACGAACCCUUUGCUCUCAGGAGCAUCAUCGAAGUGGUCACCGACCGCGAAGAGAAUGGAAAAGCCAUUUACGGCCUAGGGGAGUCAUAUGGGGACGCAACACAUAUCUCGCGCCUGCAGAGGGCAGCAGAACGGAUCAAGAAAUCUAGUAUUUACGAUACAAAUGGCAUAUUCCGUGCUUGCGCGGAGGUCAUGGGAGAAGAUACGUCUACAGGCGGUGAUGGGAUGGCAGGCCUGGUCACUACGGCAUCAGCGACAGACAAGGUGUUCGCGGCCUUCGAGGUUGCGUGUUUGGACAUACAAGGCAAGUUAGCAGGAGUGCCAGUGUGCGAUUUGCUUGGAGGCAAGGUCCGGGACAUUGUACAGUACUCUGCAUAUCUGUUCUAUAAGUGGGCCAGGCAUCCAGGACGAGACGAGGAGGAUGAAUUUGGCGAGGCCCUGGAUCCCGAUAGCUUGGUCAAGCAGGCGAAGAAGAUGAUCGACGAGUACGAUUUCAAAGCCAUCAAGCUGAAGGGAGGUGUAUUCUCGCCACAGCAGGAGGUCGAUGCCAUCAAAGCACUUCGCGAGGCCUACCCGAACCUGCCAUUGCGGCUGGACCCAAAUGCAGCUUGGAGCGUGGAGACUUCGAAAUGGGUUGGAAAGGAGCUUGAGGGUAUCAUUGAGUAUCUGGAGGAUCCAGCUGAUCAGAUUGAAGGCAUGGCAGCCGUGGGCAAAGCAGUCUCGAUGCCGCUCGCUACGAACAUGGCUGUAGUAGCGUUCAACCAUUUGCCAGAGAGCAUCGCGCAGGACGCCGUUCAGGUGGUGCUGUCCGAUCACCAUUUCUGGGGCGGACUUCGCAAGUCACAACACCUGGCGUCCAUCUGCGCGGUCUGGAACAUGCGGUUGUCCAUGCACUCCAACAGCCAUCUCGGCAUCUCUCUCGCGGCCAUGACGCAUCUGGCUUCGGCUACCCCUAAUCUCGACUACGCUUGCGAUACCCACUGGCCAUGGAAACGUCGAGAUGAGGACGUUGUCAUAGAUGGAGCCCUGAAGUGGCAGAAAGGCGGAGUCGUCGUGCCAACUGCACCGGGUUUGGGUGUAGAGCUCGACAGGGAUAGACUGGCAGCCCUCCACGAACAAUACAAAGCUUGCGGCUUGACGAAGAGAGACGACACGACGUAUAUGCGCAAGUUUCAGCCGGGCUUUUCGGCAGCAGUACCUAGAUUCUGA